AUGUUCUGCUCAACCGGUUCGUGUACCUGCCUCAGUAACUUUGUCGCGAUCCAAGGCUACUGCUAUCUUAAGAAGAAUCCCGGCGAGAGCGGUUGCCAAUACGCUGAACAAUGCAGUGCUGUAUGGCCAGAAAGUCGUUGUGAGAAAUCACGUUGCGAAUGUCCAGAAGAUGUUAACGGGAUCCCAUACGUGCAAGCAAAAACUCGUGACGGCGUCAUCUGUAUCCUCCAUUCGGGCGAGGACGGUGAUCCCGUUCCCAAAUGCCCGUUGCCGGAAUACGAUGAUGACUUGUUGACAAUGCCAGUGUCUCAAUUGAGAAAUCCAGCAAUGACUGAUCCAGAUGAUUCGGACGUUGAAAUGGGCGAACAUGUGAAUCCGCUUCAGUUUUGCUCGUCUUCGUCCACUGAUUACACGAAUUUCGUGAGCAAUGGUGGUGGUGCUUGCGUAUAUUCACAGGAUCCACAGAGUGGUGAAGGGGUUUACAUCGCUGACAUCUAUGACUGCGUUACUUCUACUGCUUCUAUGGCUAACGUUAAAACUGCUAUGGAAGGUGUCUAUGACAUUAGUCCCGCCGCUGAUGGAAUUUGCUGUCCUAACAGAGGUUUGUAUUAA